UCGCCGAUCCUUGACAUCUGACAGAUAUGAUAUAAUCUAAGUUCCUCAUCGUCAAUGGAUUUCAUUCCUAGAGUUUUUCUUCUAACUGUUUUAACUCGAUAUGGAGUUAUUUGCAACCAGCACAAUCACAAGAGGUUCCUCUUUGAUCCGACAUCCGUUCCGAGUACGCCCGACCCAACGUUUCUGACGGCCGAGUUGAAGUAUCUACAUGAGCAGCUUCAUGAUCUCAGUGACAAGAACAUAGAACUAACGGUACGUAACUCGUUGCUCUCUUCGGAGCUGCAGCACCAAAAAGACUUCGUACAGACCUUGAAGACUAAUAUAACGAAAUUAGAAUCAACGUACAGUAAAGAGAAAGUUGUCUUGAAUGAUAAGAUUCAUGAAUUGCAAACCAAGGUGAACGAGUCUAAUUCUCUUGCGAUACAGCUGACAAACAAUUUAACCAGUUGUGCCUUGCAAAGAAGACAACUUGAAGAAGCUGUAAAUAUAUCCAGUACUAAAAUAAACUUACUGGAGAAACAGCUGAACGACUCGCUGGUAAACCAAAGCCAUGAUGCACGGGUGGUAGAACUACAACUUAAUAUCUCACGCAUCCAGCAUGAUUGUGCUCACCAAAACAUAACUUCUGUUGACAAAAUAAAUCUUUUACAAGCACAACUGAACAGGUCGACUUCGCUUAUUGGAAAGCUGGAGGCGAACUUGACCACAUGUACCAAAAGCAACGAUCAGACAGAAGCAGCACUAAACGUUUCUCGCGAGAGAAAUCAGCUUCUAGAGACACAGUUGAAUGGCACUAGAAAGGAGUUAAACAUUCGCAACAGUGAUUUAGAUCAGUGUCAGCGAACGGCAUUGGCCAUGUCUUCGAAUAUUGCCAAUUUGCAGUCGCUUUCCAAUGGUUCAACACUUUGUCCUAACUAUGAAGUCUGUGGUUUGGACUUGGUGUUUCUUGUGGAUGAGUCCGGUAGUGUUGGGACUGACCAUUUUCAAAUGUUAAAGGACUUCAUCUUUAAGAUCAUCCAAUUCCUGAAUAUUGAUCCACAUACCGAUCAAGUUGGGGUGGUGACUUACUCAACCACACCUCAGUUGGAGUUCUAUCUCGAUACCUACCCUCAACAACUCUACCUGUAUGAAGCUGUUCAGAAUAUAUCGUUUAACCACCCAGGCCUUACCCUGACAUCACGCGGCCUUCGAUUCGUAAGGGAAAAUCUAUUUAACGGCACUAAUGGUGACCGAACCGGGCAUCCAAACGUGUUAGUCCUCUUGACCGAUGGCACUCCGAUUUUGCCUUCUCAUGCCAGUCUGGAAGCUGAAAAACUCAAAAAUCAGAGCGUUGACAUUUUUGUAAUAGGUAUUUCGAAAGAAUUCAACAGACAGAUUAAUCUUGACAUUGCGACAGAUUCUAGCCAUGUUCAAAGUAUUGCUGAUUUCGGAAGUCUUGAUAAUCCCACACUUGUCCGGGAUUUCGUGAGAAAGCUUAUGAAAGUCUGCACAAAUAUAAAGAGCUAA